ACCCCCACUGAAUAUAUAUUUACAAGGGGCCAUCAAGUUUCUUAUAACCAAACCACCAAUUCAAAGCUUCUAUCAUUCAUUAGCAUCCCUCUCUCUCUCUGGUAAUAACUGUUUUUUUGCUGACUAUGGAAUCAUUCUACCUCCGCAAAGUUACUAUAUGCUCACGGAUUCCUGCAUCAUCAACCAAACCAUUCUAAAGCAAAAAGAAAAAGAAAAACGUUUCAUGGAGGAAGAACGGCGUGUUGUUCUGUUCGGAAAAUACGAAAUGGGAAGGCUUUUAGGCAAAGGAACCUUCGCCAAAGUCUACCACGCAAAACACAUCACCACCGGCGAGAGCGUGGCGAUCAAGAUCAUCAACAAAGACCACGUGAUGAAACGCCCCGGGAUGAUGGACCAGAUCAAGCGCGAGAUCUCCAUCAUGAGGCUCGUCCGCCACCCCAACGUCGUCGAGCUCAGAGAAGUCAUGGCGACGAAGACGAAGAUCUUCUUCGUCAUGGAGUUCGUCAGAGGCGGCGAGCUCUUCGCAAAAGUCGUCAAAGGAAAGCUCAAAGAAGACGCGGCGCGCAGGUACUUCCAGCAGCUGAUCUCCGCCGUCGAUUUCUGCCACAGCAGAGGCGUCUCCCACCGAGACCUCAAGCCGGAGAAUCUCCUCGUCGACGAGAACGGAGAUCUCAAAGUCUCAGACUUCGGUCUCUCCGCUCUCCCUGAGCAGCUUUUACAAGACGGGCUGCUACACACCCAGUGCGGGACCCCUGCUUACGUGGCCCCCGAGGUUUUACGUAAGAAAGGGUACGAUGGCGCGAAAGCGGAUAUAUGGUCGUGCGGCGUCGUUUUGUACGUGCUCUUAGCUGGAUACCUUCCGUUUCAGGAAGAGAAUCUCAUGAACAUGUAUAGAAAGAUCUUCAAGGCGGAGUUCGAGUUCCCGCCGUGGUUCUCACCGGAGGCGAGGAGGCUGGUCUCGAAGCUCCUCGUAGUCGAUCCCGAUCGCCGGAUCUCCAUCCCGCCGAUCACCCGCACGCCGUGGUAUCGGAAAAGCUUCAAGGCUCCGGUGACGACGGUGGUCGACUCGCCGGGAAACGACGGCGCGGCGGCGGAGGAGGAGGGAGCGGCGGUGACGGCGAAGUUUUUCAACGCGUUCGAGUUCAUCUCGUCGAUGUCGUCGGGGUUCGAUCUGUCGAGUCUGUUCGAGAGCAAGAGGAAGGUGAGGUCGGUGUUCACGUCGCGGCGGACGGCGGCGGAGAUAGCGGCGAGGAUGGAAGGGAUCGGGAAGGAGAUGGGGAUGGAGGUGAAGAGGACGAAGGAUUUUAUGGUGAGGAUGCAGGGGAAGACGGAGGGGAGGAAGGGGCGGAUAUCGGUGACGGCGGAGGUUUUCGAGGUCGCGCCGGAGGUCGCCGUCGUGGAGCUGUGUAAAUCGGCUGGAGACACUCUGGAGUAUAAUAAGUUGUACGAGGAACAGGUCAGGCCGGCGUUGAAGGACAUCGUGUGGUCGUGGCACGGUGACAAUAAUAAUAAUAAUAUUAAUAUUAGUGACAGUAAUGAUAAUAAUUAUAUUAGCGAUGAAAACUCUGGUAGUGACUGUGAGAGAAUAUAAUGAUAGUAAUGUGAAGCUGUUAAUUUUGUUUUGUUUAAUCGCUUGUUAAUGUUAUUAUUAGACUCGGGGAGAUUUUUGUAAAUCAUGGUUUUAUAUUAGGGACCCUUUUUAACACCUUAA